UAUUGCAGCUAUAUGAUUUAAUGGUCUGAUCUGAAUGAUUUAAUAGGGUUGCCUUGGAUAAUAAUCCAAGCCAAAUUUCGUGAAGAUAUCUCGUCAAAUAAAAUAGCUUUCCAUAUAAGGACUUGAUUUUGAUCGGUUGGUAGAUUAUGUAUACUGAUUAUGUAUUAAUCCAUGUCAAAUUUCGUGAAAUUACAUAUUUCGCCAAAUAAAAAAGUUUCCCACACAAAACCUUGAUUUUAAUCGUUAAGUUUGUAUGACAGCUAUGUAUAUGAUAUAGUGGUCCAGUAUCGGCUAUUCCGACAAAUAAGCAGCUUCUUUGGAAGAAACGGAUGUGUGCCGAAUUUCUCGUAUAUACAUACGGACAGACAGACGGACAUUGCUUCCAACAUUGUUGAUGUUUUUCUGGCUUUUUUCAAUUUCUGGUUUAUUUAGAUUUAGUUAUACACGAGUUUUCGUUGAAAAGCCAAGAAUGGUUUUUUUUGAUAGACUGUUGGCCUUAAAAUACAUUCAUUGUUACAUAUGUACAUAUAUGUCGAUUUUAUUGGAUCUAGGCUUAAAGCAAAGACCAAGUUUAUUGCAAUCUCAAAUAAGGCUAAGUUUUCAUUGGUAUAUGUACAUUUGUAUGUAUGUACAUAAGUUGGCAUAUUUAUUUAUUAAAACAAACUAUCAAAUUGAAAUUUCAAAAUUUCGUACGUUUUUUUUACAAUUGUCUUUUAAAUUGGAAAUAAAUAAAAUUGAAAUGUCUUCUGAACAAACGCCUAGACCCAUAACCAAUACAGCACCAGCAACAGCGGUUAGGAAUCGACAACAACCAACCCCAGCCCCACCAUCAACGACAACAGCUCCUCCAGUUGCAAAUACCACAGCCAUCUCCACACAAGCUCACGCAGCAACACCAGCACCUCCAACAGCUCCUGCAAAUCAGCCACCAGCAAGUACCACAUUACAAGCUACACAAAUGCACCCAUUACCUACAGUUCAUCCAUUACGCACAGUCACCCCGCCAAACACUCCUGCUGGAGAUAAGGUCAAUGAAUUAAUAAUAAUAACCGAAAGUGCUACCUACAUUAAACUAUUGAAAGAUGUGGGAAAUAAGUAUUUAUUAGUUGAAUUUUAUGCGCCAUGGUGUGGCGCUUGUAUGCUAAUAAAUAGGAAACUCGAAGAACUUGCAGCUUCAUAUAGUGGUAAAUUGAUUAUAGCGAAGGUUAAUAUAGAUGAUUGCGAACAAAUCGCCAUUGACAACAAUGUCAGCAUGAUGCCUUCGUUUAUGUUGUUAAAAGAAAGUCAAGUCUUGGAAAAGUUUGCCGGAAGUAGUGAAGAGAAGUUAAUGAGCACCAUACAAAAACAUGUGGGAGAACCAACGAAUGUCGUUAGUGACCCACCAACGACAAAUCCAACAACGACAGCUGGACAAGGACAGCAAAGGAUACCUAUUGAAUCGACUGCACAAAUAGCUCAAGCUUCUCCAUUGGCGCCAACUUAAUCGAAAUUGUUAACUAUUCAAUAAAUACGAUUAUAUGUUUGAAGCGCUGAUAAUAAUCAUGUUUGACAAUUCAUGUACCAUAAUUCGAUUUUCUUUGACCAAACUACACCUUGCUAAAGAAACAAAAAAUUGCUCUUUCAAUUCACAACCACAUUGUUGAGAUUUUACUGUUAAAGGGCUGAAAAUAUUGAAAAUAAAAAUUUCUGUCUUUCAAAGAAAAAUUGUUUCUGAAAAAGCAUACAAUUUGACAGCACUUCGUCUACACGUUUCGAAAUCAUGGUGUAUAUUAUACAAAAUAAAGAAGAUCUAGACAAGAAGCUGGAGGAAGCCGUCGGCUCUGGACAAUUGGUGGUCAUUGAUUUUUUUGCAAACUGGUGUGGACCAUGUAAGAUUAUUAGUCCAAAAUUAGAAGAGUUGGCCACACAAUAUGCCGAGAAGGCAAUUGUGCUGAAAGUCAAUGUGGAUGAUUGUGAAGACAUAGCGCUUGAAUACAAUGUGACCAGCAUGCCAACAUUCGUUUUUAUCAAGGAUAAUCAUGUUAUUGAUGUAUUCGUUGGAGGCAACUCUGAGAAACUAGUCAAGAAUAUGGAGAAAUAUGUCGGCGAACCAAUACCCGUAGAAAUUAUGCCAGAAAUUGUGGAAACCGAACAAAUAAUUGAGGAAGAACCUGUCCUUGACUAAUGAAAUAUUAUUAGAUUUGUUUUCCUGAAAUCAAUAUACUUAUCAUGCUUUAAAUUAACAAUUACCUA